GAUGCCGAAGAGCUACGGGAGAAAGCAAUAUGUCGAACUGAGAGUCAGCUGUUAAAUUUAAAAGUUGUGUGUAAUAUAACUGUUGUUCAUGAUUUUUAUUAGAUACCAGAGCUUUAGAUGAUACACCUAUCAUUCAGUUUGAUAAUGCUGGUUUAUGACUCUCUUCCGCGAACGAAAUAAGAUAUGGGAAAUAAAUGAAGGUAAAGUGUCUUGAUGUCACGCUAGAGACCGGACACCAAGCGAAAAUUACUCAUUUCCGUUUUUCUCCAGUCAUGCUUCGAAACAACGUUUCAGCAAAUCUGUAAAGAAUUAAAUUUUGUACAGUACCUUUUUGAUUUCGAGACGUUAGGAAAUUACUUGUGGAUCAUAAUAAGGUCUGUUUCUAGAAACGAUGUUCCGAACGCGGUCGGUAUGGACCCGAUAGGACCAAAGAAAUUUUAAAGGAGGUUUAUGAUGUUAAAAGGAUCGACUGGGGCUCAAUGGACGAAUAUACAUCUGGUCGGCAUAAUCAAGAUCAUAUUGAAUAUAAAAAAUGAGAUACUUCCAGCUGAGCAAACUGGAUAAGUGGUCUUCCUUUCGUCCCAGAGGUGGCAGCAUGGGUGAUUUCGGAGUGGUCAAAGAUAAGUGGGUGUGCCCGAAUGACAGAGAACUCUCUCUUAGAGCUAAGUUAAAAACUGGCUGGUCUGUGAAAACAAAUUCCAUGAACACAUUUAACAAACCAGCACAGCUGAAUGAUGCUGAACAAGAAGCCAUUAUGAAUGUUAUCAAGAGAGCGGAGAACUUGGAAAAAGUGGAACAAGAACGAGUGGGCCGCUUAGUGGAAAGAUUAGACAACAUGAAGAAGAACGCAAUGGGCAAUGGAUCUACCCAGUGUGUCUUAUGUGCGGAUGAGUUCGGCAUCCUUGCAGCAUCACCUCUGUUAUGCAAUGAUUGCAAAAAGGCAGUCUGUACCAAAUGUGGCGUCGAUACCGUAAGUGCCCAUAAGGAACCUUUGUGGCUUUGCAAAAUAUGUGCUGAAACUAGAGAGACCUGGAAAAAAUCUGGCGCAUGGUUUUACAAGGGUCUGCCAAAAUAUAUCUUGCCUGGAAGGAAAACAGAAACAAGCAAGUAUAGUUCGACGGCACCUCCACCAAAGGCAGCAGAACAAAGUACUGGAUCUCCUGUAAAAUCGUACAACUCCUGGUUGCAAUCCAAAGGCAGAAGUGGAAGUGACAAAGAAUGUACCGACAGUUCAGACGAUGAGAUUAAAUCAAGUAGGUUAGGCAAAAGAGCAACCAUAAGGAAACAGUAUGGAGAUUCUGUGGAAAGUACGGACACUCCCUCUGUUGUCCAGUAUUCGUUGACUCCCCCAGCAGAUGUUUCUCAGGCGCCAUCUCCGACUCACAUGUAUGCUCCAGUUGCUCCUGAUUCGCCUCGAUCACCUCAAUACAGAGACACAACGGAGCCUAAUCGUUCUCCUGGACACGAAGGUUCUCCUUCAUAUGGUAGAGAUAAACGGGCAGACCCAGACAGGAGUCAAACUCCCACCGCAUCUGGCAGUUAUUGGUACAAACCGGGUGCUAGAAGGGAUGCUACAGAAGAAGAAGAAUAUCCCGAGAGAACAUUUAGAGGACACUCAAGAAGGGAAUCUCAGCAUUCACCUAGCAAUCGUCAUCGACAGCACGUUAUUAGUCACAAAAAUGAAGAAUCCUUCGAAGACAAAGCUUCUCCGGAAGAAUCCAGUACAUUGGAAUUUUGUCUUCUUUUUGAUGCUCACAACCAAGUUCUUCAUUGCACAAUGUAUAGAGCAAAGGGACUCAAGCCAACUGACUGUAAUGGACUCGCUGACCCUUAUGUUCGUCUACAUCUUCUUCCAAUCCAGAGCAAGAUUGACAAAUUAAGAACGAGAACUGUUCAUAAAACCCUCAAUCCCGAGUUCAAUGAAACUGUCAGUUUUUAUGGGAUUUCGGAUUAUGACAUCGCCAAAAGAGCUCUGAGGAUGACAGUGAUGGAUGAAGAUACGCAUUGUAAUGAACCAAUGGGUGAAGUUCGUUUAGCUUUGAAGAAACUGAGACCCCACCAGCCCUAUAGUGCGAUCGUUUACCUGGAAAAGCCAGUCAAGUCAGAAGAUGGCGAAGAUGAGACGAAUCGAGGCCAAAUUCUAUUAUCCUUGUUGUACUCAGACGAUCACCAGGCUUUGGUUGUGGGCAUCAUCCGAUGUGUCCGAUUGCCGAGUAGGGAGAAUAAUGGGUUUCCUGAUCCUUUCGUUAAAGUGCAAAUAAAGCCGGAUAGUAUGAGACGGCGUUUUAAAUCAUCAACGAAAAAGAAAACACUUAAUCCAGAAUACAACGAGCAAUUUGCAUUUGAAGUAGACUACCAAGAUAUGACUAAGAAGACUUUGGAGGUAACAGUCUGGGACAAAGAUUGUGCAAAGUCAGAUGUUUAUAUUGGUGGUUUAGCUCUCAACAUGCAAUCAAAGGGCGAUCGUCUUCGUCAUUGGAUGGACGUCCUCAGGAAUCCUAACAUUCGGGUAGAGCGCUGGCAUCCUCUCAGCAAUGUUGUCUUCAUAGACUGAAAACCUUUCUAUUACCAUAUCUCUCUGUCACAUAUUAUUCUGCAUCAGGUACUUCAGAAUGAAAAUGUGCCUGCCUCUAGUAGAAAUUCCUUUGAUGUACGGAAUGCAUUCUUGUAACAGGUUUUCCAGUUGUGCCAGAAAUAUAUAAUCUACGUUAGUCUAUGCAAAGUUAUGUUAUAACAUUGAAAAGAUCAAAAGGGCUAAGAGAAUAAUGCUGUUUGAAUUAGAAGGUGCAUGCUGAUAUCUCAAGUCUUUAGCUACAAACAACAAAACUGUUUGGCAAGCGUUCAUCAUUUAAGGAAUCAAUUUAUUUUAAUUUACCUUUAUGCUGAGAAUCGAACUAAAGUUUUUGUAUAAGUGCAAAAA